UGGUUCAGAGCUAUGUCAUAUCCUCUUCUGUUCCCCAGGAGAGAACCUCCAUGGCUCUCCAAGUCUGCAGCAGCCAGCUGGGUUUCACUGGAAGAAAAAAAUGCAACUAUUAUCUAUGACCCUAAACUACAGACUCCAAAGACACUACAGGAAGCUAUUGAUGAUAUGGGCUUUGGGGCUGCUCUCCACAGUUAUAACCCUCUCCCUGUUUUAACUGAUACUAUGUUUCUGACUGUUAGUGCUUCACUGGCUCCACCAUGGGACCAUAUCCAAAGCACAUUGCUCAAGACUAAGGGUGUAACAGAUAUUAAAAUUUCUCCUCAGCAAAGAACUGCAGUGGUGACUGUGAUCCCUUCUCUAGUGAAUGCCAAUCAGAUACUAGAGCUAAUUCCGGGUGUCAGCAUAGAUAUUCGAACACUGGAGAAAAAGUCAGGAACUUGCAAAGAUUACGGUAUGGCUCAAGCAGGUGAAGUCAUGCUGACCUGCCAUUCAUGCACUAGCACCAUUGAAGGAAAAAUUGGGAAAUUGCAAGGAAUUUAGAGAAUUAAAGUCUCCCUGGACAACCAAGAAGCUACUAUUGUUUAUCAACCUCAUCUUAUCAUAGUAGAGGAAAUUAAAAAACAGAUUGAAGCCGUGGGCUUUCCAGCAUUCAUCAAAAAACAGCCCAAGUACCUCACAUUGGGAGCUAUUGAUGUAGAACGUCAGAAAAACACCCCAGUCAGAUCUUCAGAAAGCUCACAGCACAUGAGUCUGUCAAAUAACAAUGAUUCAACAACCACUUUCAUUAUAGAUGGCAUGCGUUGUAAAUCAUGUGUGUCAAAUAUUCAAAGUGCUUUAUCUGCAUUCCAAUAUGUAAGCAGCAUAGUAGUUUCUUUAGAGAAUAGGUCUGCCAUUAUAAAGUAUGAUGCAAGUGCAGUCACUCCAGAAGCCCUGAGAAAGGCUAUAGAGGCCAUAUCACCAGGUCAAUAUAGAGUUAGUAUUAUAAAUCAUGAUGAAGAUACCCCAAACUCUGCCUCCAGCUCAUCUCUUCAGAAGAUUCCUUUGAACAUGGUUAGCCAGCCUCUGACUCAAGAAACCGUGAUAAACAUUGAUGGCAUGACUUGUAAUUCUUGUGUGCUGUCUAUUGAGGGUGUCAUAUUAAAAAAGUCAGGUGUAAAAUCCAUACAAGUCUCCCUUGCAAAUAGCAAUGGGAUUGUUGAGUAUGAUCCUCUGCUAACCUCUCCAGAAACUUUGAGAGAGACAAUAGAAGACAUGGGAUUUGAUGCUACCUUAUCAGGAAUAUAUUGUGUACUUGUGGCUCUGAUGGCUGGCAAAGCAGAAGUAAGGUAUAAUCCUGCUUUUAUACAACCCCCGAUGAUAGCAGAGUUCAUCCGAGAGCUUGGAUUUGGAGCUACUAGGAUAGAAAACACUGAUGAAGGGGAUGGUGUUUUGGAACUUGUUGUGAGAGGAAUGACUUGUGCCUCCUGUGUACAUGAAAUAGAGUCUACUCUCACAAAACACAGCAGAAUCUUCUACUGCUCUGUGGCCCUGGCAACCAACAAAGCACAUAUUAAAUAUGAUCCAGAAAUUAUUGGUCCUAGAGAUAUUAUCUAUACAACUGAAAAUUUAGGUUUUGAAGCUUCUUUGGUCAAGAAAGAUCUAUCAGCAAAUCACCUAGACUAUAAAUGAGAAAUAAGACAAUGGAGGCGGUCCUUCCUUGUGAGCCUGUUUUUCUGUAUUCCUGUAAUGGGGCUGAUGAUAUAUAUGAUGGUUAUGGACCACCACCUUGCAAUUCUUCACCAUAAUCAGAACAUGAGUCAAGAAGAAAUGAUCAACAUUCAUUCUUCCAUGUUCCUGGAGCACCAGAUCCUGCCAGGAUUAUCCAUUAUGAAUUUGCUGUCCUUUUUAUUGUCUGUACCUGUUCAGUUUUUCGGAGGCUGGUACUUCUAAAUUCGAGCUUACAAAGCACUGAAGCAUAAGACUGCGAAUAUGGAUGUACUGAUUGUGCUAGCAACCACCAUUGCUUUUGCCUACUCUUUGGUUAUUCUUCUGGUUGCAAUGUAUGAGAGAGCCAAAGUGAACCCUAUUACUUUUUUUGACACACCUCCUAUGCUAUUUGUGUUUAUUGCAUUAGGUCGGUGGCUGGAACAUAUAGCAAAGGGCAAAACUUCAGAGGCUUUUGCAAAGUUAAUUUCACUACAAGCUACAGAAGCAACUAUUGUAACCUUUGACUCUGAUAACAUCCUCCUGAGGGAAGAACAAGUGGAUGUGGAACUUGUACAACGUGGAGACAUGAUUAAAGUGAGCCCAGGAGGCAAAUUUCCAGUGGAUGGUCAUGAUAUUGAAGGGCAUUCUAUGGUAGAUGAGUCCCUCAUCACAGGGGAGGCAAUGCCUGUGGCUAAGAAAUCUGGCAGCACAGUGAUCGCUGGUUCCAUUAACCAGAAUGGGUCACUACUAAUUCGAGCAACCCAUGUUGGAGCAGACACUACCCUUUCUCAAAUUGUAAAACUUGUGGAGGAGACACAAACUUCAAAGGCUUCUAUCCAGCAGUUUGCAGACAAACUCAGUGGCUACUUUGUUCCUUUUAUUGUGAUUGUUUCCAUUGCUACCCUCUUGGUUUGGAUUAUAAUUGGAUUUCUUAAUUUUGAAAUUGUGGAAACCUACUUUCCUGGCUACAAUAGAAGUAUCUCCAGAACAGAAACAAUAAUACGCUUUCCUUUUCAAGCCUCUAUCACAGUUCUGUGUAUUGCAUGCCCCUGUUCUCUGGGACUGGCCACUCCAACUGCUGUGAUGGUUGGUACAGGAGUAGGUGCUCAAAAUGGCAUACUAAUCAAAGGUGGAGAGCCAUUGGAAAUGACACAUAAGGUAAAGGUAGUGGUAUUUGAUAAGACUGGAACCAUUACCCAUGGAACCCCAGUAGUGAAUCAAGUAAAGGUUCUAGUGGAAAGUAACAAAAUUUCACGCAAUAAAAUCCUGGCCAUUUUGGGAACUGCUGAAAGUAACAGUGAACACCCUCUAGGAACAGCAGUAACCAAAUACUGCAAACAGGAACUGGACACUGAAACCUUGGGUACCUGCAUAGAUUUCCAGGUUAUGCCAGGCUGUGGUAUUAGCUGUAAAGUCACCAAUAUUGAAGGCUUGCUGCAUGAGAAUAACUGGAAGAUAGAGGAAAACAAUAUUAAAAACGCAUCGCUCUGUCAAAUUGAUGCAAGUAGUGAACAAUCAACUUCGUCUUCCAUGAUUAUUGAUGCCCAGCUCUCAAAUGUUCUUAAUGCUCAGCAGUACAAAGUCCUCAUUGGUAACAGGGAAUGGAUGGUUAGAAAUGGUCUUGUUAUUAAUAAUGAUGUAGAUGAUUCCAUGACUGAACAUGAGAGAAAAGGUCAGACUGCUGUACUGGUGGCAGUUGGUGAUGAACUGUGUGGGUUGAUAGCCAUUGCUGAUACAGUGAAACCCGAAACAGAAUUGGCUGUUCAUGUUCUGAAAUCUAUGGGUUUAGAAGUAGUUCUGAUCACUGGAGACAACAGUAAAACAGCUAGAUCUAUUGCUUCCCAGGUUGGCAUUACUAAGGUAUUUUCUGAAGUUCUACCUUCCCAUAAGGUUGCUAAGGUACAGCAACUUCAAGACGAGGGGAAACGGGUAGCAAUGGUAGGAGAUGGAAUCAAUGACUCCCCAGCUCUGGCAAUGGCUAAUGUUGGAAUUGCCAUUGGCACAGGCACAGAUGUAGCCAUUGAAGCAGCCGAUGUAGUUUUGAUAAGGAAUGAUCUUCUGGAUGUAGUGGCAAGUAUUGACUUAUCAAGGAAGACAGUGAAGAGGAUUCAGAUAAAUUUUGUCUUUGCUCUAAUUUAUAAUCUGGUUGGAAUUCCCAUAGCUGCUGGAAUUUUUAUGCCAAUUGGUUUGGUUUUGCAACCUUGGAUGGGAUCUGCUGCAAUGGCUGCUUCAUCUGUUUCAGUAGUACUUUCUUCUCUCUUCCUUAAACUUUACAGGAAACCAACUUAUGAGAAUUACGAACUGCAUCCCCGGAGUCAGAUAGGACAGAAGAGUCCUUCAGAAAUCAGCAUUCAUGUUGGAAUAGAUGACACCUCAAGAAGUUCUCUUAAACUGGGUUUGCUGGACCGUUUUGUUAAUUAUAGUAGAGCCUCCAUAAACUCAUUACUGUCUGAUAAACGUUCUCUGAACAGCGUUGUUACCAGUGAACCUGACAAGCACUCACUCCUGGUGGAAGACUUCAGGGAAGAUGUUGACACUGCAUUAUAAAAGGCUGCAGAGAAUACUAGUAGUUUAACUUGUUACACACUGACAGAGCAUUCAUGAAGUCAUCUUAGGUUUUCAGAAUAUUAUGGAAGGAUUUUAGGGAUUCUAUUUGAGUUGCAUUUGUCAUAUGGCAAAAAUAUCUUUUUCAGGACAUCAGCUCUGAACCUAGCUUUAUUUAAAAUGAAUUUCCUAUAUAUCUAUAUCUAUCUAUCUAUCUAUCUAUCUAUCUAUAUAUAUAUGUAUUUUGUUUUCAUUAGCCACAGAUAAGUUAGAGCAGUGAGAUUUACAGCAAGACUACAAUUAAAGAUUGCCAAAUUGCUGCUAAAUUGAUAGUCAGAUUUUUUAUUUGACAAGGAAGGAA